CCCCCAGUUGCCGUUACUCCUUCCCUUCAACAUUCUUGGCUGUACUAGAAAGUCACAGCUGCAAGAAGGGGUUGAACGUAAAACCCUAAACGAAUAUUUUUCGGUUCGAGGACCGGAAUUGAUGCAUGGAGUGAACUUCGUUCGCCACUUCGUCGAUUGCUCGUCGCUUCUUCGCUCGCCUUUUUUAGAGCCCAAACUUGGUUCCUGUUAUCGGGAUUUUCACGUCAUAUGGGUAGAUUGAAGUUCAACCCCUUAGCGUUUGCCCACAAAUCUUUGUUCCAUAGUUGGAGGUUUCGACAGCGGUUUCUCGCGCGGGGCACUGUGACAUCGCCAUUUGAUCAAGCACAUUUCAAUGGGAUUCUUUCAACGUUUCGUCAUUGUCGCAAUUUCUACAAUUUCAGUUCUGUUAAAAUUGAGCAGCAUGGUGAAUUUCCAAUGAUAAGAAUGCUGCAGUUGAAGCAUUUUAUUCAUUCCACAGUAAGUUGUUACUAUCCAGACCAUAAUUAUUAUGAGAUUCUUGGUGUUUCCAAAGAUGCAAGUCGAGAUGAGAUUAAGAAGGCUUUUCACGCACUUGCUAAGAAAUACCAUCCAGAUGCAAAUAAGAACAAUCCUUCUGCAAAGAGGAAAUUUCAAGAGAUAAGAGAUGCCUAUGAGACACUGCAAGAUCCUGGACAGAGAGCACAGUAUGAUAGGGAGCUUUAUAGGAGUUCUGAGGAUGUAAAAUAUGCUGCUUAUGAUGCAGAGGGAUUUAGAAGUGCUCGUAGAACUCAUUUCUCUGAUUCAUUCCAUAAAAUUUUCUCUGAGAUCUUUGAAGAUGAGGCUGACAAUUUUGCAAGUGAUCUUAAGGUGGAACUCACACUCUCAUUUGCUGAAGCUGCAAAGGGAUGCACGAAACACCUGUCCUUUGAUGCAACUGUUCCUUGUGAUUCUUGUGAUGGGCUUGGUUACCCAUUGAAUGCCAAGGCAAAAAUUUGUCCAGCUUGUGAAGGCAUUGGGAGAGUCACAAUUCAUCCAUUCACGGCAACAUGCAGUGCUUGUAAAGGCUCAGGGAGAAUCAUUGAGGAAUACUGUAGGCAAUGCAGAGGAUUGGGGGUGCUUGAAGGAGUCAAGGAGGUUAAAGUUACAGUUCCAGCAGGUGUGGAUUCUGGGGAUACCAUCCGUGUUCCAAAAGCUGGUAAUGCUGGAAGACGUGGAACUCCACCUGGCAACCUACACAUAAAACUAAAGGUUGCUGAAGAUAAUGUUUUUGCUAGAGAUGGUGCUGAUGUUUAUGUAGAUUCUAAUAUUAGCUUUACACAAGCUAUUCGUGGUGGCAAGGUUGAUGUACCAACUUUGUUUGGCAGAAUGCAAGUGAAAAUACCGAAAGGGGUUCAGCACGGACAGCUUGUAGUACUUAGAGGCAAAGGCUUGCCCAAGCAUGGCCUUUUUGUAGACCAUGGAGAUCAAUAUGUUCGCUUCCGCAUUAACUUUCCUACAGUGGUAAAUGAACGGCAACGUGCUAUAUUGGAAGAAUUCGCGAAGGAGGAAAUAAUUCAAGAAAAUGACUCGUCAACCGAGAGAAAUUGGCUUUAUCAGCAGCUAUCUACUGGUUGAACUUACAGGUGGGAUCACGUUUUUGGUCAUGUGAGGGCUCCCCAGCUUAUGCUCGAAGUCUCUGUAAUCCUAGUGAUCCUUCUGUUGCUUAAAAAAAUUGUGGGAUGAGGGCCAGCACCUGGUUAUUUUUGAUGAAAAAUCUGGCUUCUGGCCUGCUGCUCUCAUCCUUGGUGCGGGUUCCACUGAUAUGGCUUCCUUAACAUUGUUUUGCUUUAAAGAGACAAGUCUGCUACGGGUUGAAAAUACCUUUUUUCAUACAAAUCGGCAUGCCUUCUUCAGUCGGCAUUGGUGAUUUAAUUCCUGCGGCACUGCUUCUCCUUUUGAUCAGAGUAUAUAUUUCCUUUUUACAUGGAUCCGAUUACAUGUAUACAAAUGGUUCUCUCGUGAAAGCAACCUUCACUCAUUCAACUUCGAUCCGAGUUGGCUGGUGGAUUCUCUCUCUCUCUCUCUCUCACACACAUUUUCCAUCUGGAUUUCUCAACAGGUACUAGUAGGAGCCGAAAGAACAAUGGCUGUAAAGUUGUUUUUAGUGAGCUGGAAACCUCAAAAUUAAUUGCAUUUUUAUGAACCCUUAGGUACCUGCACAUUUACUCCAGGUUUCUCCUCUAUGUUUAUCUUUUUGAGUUCGAGUGUUGUUAUUACUAGAUGUUCUGGUGAGCUCUGGGUAAUGGGGUAUAGAGUAUAGACAUCAAACCGUCGGCUUGGUGAACCUUAAAGUUGAAACUGUAUGAUAAAAUUGAAAGGGCCUGGCCUUUCAAUCUUCCGUU